AUGUCAGCAAAUAGAGCGUACGUCAACAACUUCAGGAGCUCGGAUAGAAGGUUGGCCGCAGGGGCCAAGGCAACCCAGUUCCUGCACACCUCCACACAGCCGGUGAAGCUCAACCAUGCGAUGCUGAAUUCUUCGUCUCAGAUACCUGAUGGCUCGAAGGUCGAGACAAUAAAGGAUGGAAGAAAGGUGGUGAAGGGUGUAGUGGUGGGUGAGAACAAAAUCAAGACUGUUCAGAGAACAGGAGGGGGGAAGACGUGGAACGACCCGUCACUGUUGGAAUGGGAUCCCAAGCAUUUCAGGCUGUUUGUUGGAAAUCUCGGGUCCGAUGGCUCCGAUGAAUUACUGUAUAGAGCUUUUUCACCCUAUCCAAGUCUCACAAAGGCCAAAGUGCCGGUGGACCCCAAGACACAGAAGAACAAAGGGUUCGGGUUCGUGGCGUUCUCAGAUCCAGACGACUAUCUGAGGGCUUUCAAGGAGAUGAACGGCAAGUUUAUUGGUCAGAGGCCAGUCCAGUUAAAGAGGGCACAAACAGAAGUGAAAGGGAAGACCAAGAAGAUUAGACGUGUGAAAUAG